AGGUUGCUAGUGGCCAAACAGGAACUGUCAGCAUGGUGCGCUGGAUCGUUGGACUACUGAGCUGCUGGUCGGUGGCUCAGGCCCAGCUGUCCACUAACCGGUACCGUCCGCCGGAUCUGUUCAUGUACGACAACUUCGAGCAGUGUCAGGCUCGCUCGUCGUCGUCAGUGUACUGCUACGCCCGGACCAUCCUGCGAGUGGAUCAGUUUCCGGCAGGCUUCGUUGUGCCCAACACGGAGAGUACGGACCGGAUCAUCUUUAAUCACCGUCGACAGUUUCUGGAGCUUGGCGUCUGCAUCGCGGACUGCCAGGAUGAAGUGGGUGCGUUGAGCGAAAAAGAACGAAGUGCUCUGUAUCAGCCCAAAAUACCUGUUAAUUUCACUUCACUGCUGCCCAACACGCUCUUUCCCACGAUGCCGGCCGACAAGCGGCGUUACGAGACGCUGGUGAACAUUUGCAUAAAUCGGCGCUUGCGUGCCAAAUACAACAUCUCCGGCUACACGGCGCUCGAGUUCUGCCGUCCACCUCGUAACACUCCGCCGGAUCAAUUCUCGCUCUUGGAACUGCUUUUCAUCACCACCACGGUCACUUUGAUGGGUGCAGUGCUGGUCGCAACUCUGCGCGACCUUCGCCAAGGUUCAGAGGGUGAUGGCGGCAUAGUGGCCGCUUUUUCCGUCCGUCACAACUGGAACCGACUGGUGGCGGACCCAACUUCGGGCUUGUACCGCGAGUUGGUCCACAUCGACGGGCUACGGGUGAUCGUGAACCAUCUGGUGAUACUACUGCACAGCGUACUGGCCGCCAGUGUCGCUCCGUCGCGCAACUUUGCCGACCUGGAACAGGUCUUGCAGCGCUAUCCGGCGCUCAUGUACCUAAGCUCGAACGCCUUCCUGGUGCAGAUAUUCUUCACCAUCGGUGGCUACCUGCUGGCUGUCAACUUUCUGCGCGACGCUGCCAAGCAACCGAUCGACUCCUGCUACGUGCGGGGCAAGCUGCUCAAUCGCCUACUCCGUCUGCUGCCCGUCUACGGCUACUUUCUGCUGUUCUCCGUCAGCCUGAACGUUCGCUUCGACACGAACAUGAACGGUUUUCGGUUGUUCACCGUCGAGAAUGCCGUCUGCCGGCAGAACUGGUGGGCCAACGUGCUGUUCAUCAACAACUUCCCGUGGCCGAAGGAGCUGUGUUUAAUGCACUCCUGGUAUCUAGCCGCUGACUUGCAGCUGUUUUUGCUAGCGCUCGGAGUGCUGCUGCUAAUCCAUCGGUGGCCGCGUGCGGUUGGGUUUCUGUUCACCGUCGGCACCGUACUGUCCCUGUGGAUCCCGGCGUACAUCACGCACCGCAAUAAGUUGCAUCCUGUGUUACCGAUUAAACUGAGUGAAGCCAAAUUUAUCGUCAUGUACGAGCCCUGGAUACGACAGAUUUACUUGCCAAGUUAUGCCAACACCGGCAGCUACCUUGCCGGGUUGAUUGCCGGCUACCUCCAUCAUCGCGUGGUCCACCACAAGCUUCAGCUGCAGGAGUACCCCCUUUAUCGGGUCAUUGAAAGGUUUAUCACACCGCUGCUGGCGGCGGUUGUUCUGCUCACCGGUGUCUGGUACAGUAUCGACGUUCCCAAGCCAUCGCUAUGGGUGUCACUCUACAGUACGCUGUACAGAAACGUCAUGGGAGUGUUUGUAGCCGUCUGCUUCCUGCGCAGCAUAAACACUCCGAAAGGACACUUUCGGCGGAUCCUUGGCUCCAAACUGUUUACCACUCUCGGGAAGCUAACCUACAGCGUGUACGUGCUUCACGACGUCGUGAUGCGAUUCCUGUUGCUCCACGAGCACCCGAAUACGUACAUCAGUCUGCCAAAGUUCCUCAGAUCCGUUUAUCUGGUCAACGGCGCAUCGUUCGUCGGUGGGCUGCUGGUGUUCCUGGUCAUCGAGCAACCGAUGAUACAACUUCUGAAACCGGCCAUCGAUAGGAUGUGCACCCGACGUCCCCCACAGAAACAGCUUUAACGGUCCGCGUCCAAGCGUCCGAUUCCGUCCUUUUUGUCACAAAAAACGGGAUAAAAAACUGUUGUUUGACAGUUGUUAGGUUUUUAAUGGGAAACUGUAUCUGGGUCAACUUUAAUAUAGAACAAAUUAUGAGCCUUUCUCUGAUGAGCACUGACAAGCAACCCCGAACCCCGUUCCUUUUAGGUGUCAUAGAGGGCUGAUGACACGUAGCCCUCUUACAUAGUACGCAAGGAAUCCGUGGGCACAUUAAAGAUACUGCAAGUGCCUGUGCGGGCAGUACAUCCACUGCCGGCUGAAGCGGUCCGGCAUGUUCAACCGGAAGCUGGGCCUCCAGCGGAUCCAGAACAUUCUCGAUACACAUCCUUAAGACCUUCGACCUGUACCCUGUCGUUAGAAUUAAUUUAAAAGGAAGCGAGAAGGGAAGUCGCUCGGUUACGUCACCGGGAAGUCCAAUCCUUUGAAACGUCGGAUCGGACGUCGGAGAAACGAGAACGGGAAC